CUUUUCCAACUUUUCUAUAGCCACUGGCUCCCUUCUAUUUCUUGCACAACUACUCCUCCAAUCUCCAAGCCAAAAGUCAUCCGUUACCCUCUGGUCAGAAGAAAGGCCACACAGCUCACAAGUGCUUAUUUGUUUUUGGGCUAGGAAUCAUCUGGCAGGAAGGGGGAACAAAGCCGCGGCUGCUACCAUCAAUUCCUUUUUGAUCAUCUCCGUUCAUCGAUCAGUUGAUCAUAUAGCAGCGCUGUCGCAAAGAAGAGGAAGGAGAAAGUUGAUUUUGGAUUGGUACGAUGAUUCAGUCCAUUUCAAGAUGGGUCAAUUCUAUGUGAAGUGGUCAAGACGCAAGUUCAGAGCUGAGUUCUUUGUUCAAGGAAGCAUCUGAAUGGCGUAUCCAUCCACCUCCGGCAUGGUCCAAGCUUCUUCAUCCCUCCAUGGCAGCAUAAGAAGGGAUCCAGAAGGAUAUGACAUGCCAUCUGAUCUGGAUCAAGCCCUACUCCUCUACUUUGAUGGGCAGCAAGCUAAGCCAUCAAUUCAAGAACAACCGCAGACUCUCAACAUCUUCCCCUCCCAGCCAAUGCACAUCGAGCCAUCCCCAAAGGGCUCCAUCUCCAUGGCUUCUUCAGCGGCGGCAGCACAGGUUGCCGGCCCUUCCAAGAACUCCCAGGCGCCACCGUCGAAGGCCGGAGGCGGGCCGCUCGCCGCAGGCAAGAGCUCCAAGGGAGCGAUCAAGAGAGAAGGUAGCGCCGGCGGCGGCAAGCGUGGCGGCGCGGGGGCGUCGAGCUCGGACCAGGAGGGGCCCCGGACGCCGGACCCCAAGACGCUGCGGCGGCUCGCGCAGAACAGGGAGGCCGCGAGGAAGAGCAGGUUGAGGAAGAAGGCUUAUAUUCAGCAGCUAGAGUCGGGCAGGAUCAGGCUGGCGCAUCUAGAGCAGGAGAUGCAGAUGGCAAGAACUCAUCAGGGUGCGCUAUGGGGUACAGGAACUCUAAGCCCAGAUGCCGCUCUGUUCAACCUGGAGUACGAGCGGUGGCUGGGGGACCACAGCAAGGUGGUUGCCCGGCUCCGCGCCGCCGCGGAGGAGCACCGGCCGGACGGCGAGCUCCGCGCGUACGCCGACGAGGCCGCCUCCCACUACGGCGCCCUGAUGGGCCACAAGGCCCGGCUCGCCGCCGCCGACCCGCUCCACCUCCUCUCCGGCCUCUGGAAGGGAGCCGCCGAGCGCUGCUUCCUCUGGAUCGGCGGCUUCCGCCCCUCCGAGCUCAUCAAGGUGGCGGUGCGGCACGCGGAGCCGCUGGCGGAGCAGCAGGCGGCGGGGGCGCGCGACGUGGAGCAGGCGGCGCGCCGCGCGGAGGAGGCGCUCGACGCGGAGAUGGAGGCGCUGAUGCGGUCGCUCUCCGAGGUCGUCGCCUCCGACGCGCAGCCGCCGCCGGGGGUGUUCGGCGGCCAGUUCUACCCCCACCACCCGACCGCCGACGCCGCGGGCUACAUGGGGAUGGGGCACAUGCACAUGGCCCUCGCCAUGGACAAGCUGGCCACGCUCGGCACCUUCCUCAGACAGGCGGACGAGCUGCGUAUGCAGGCGCUGCAGGCGCUCCGGCAGAUCCUGACGGCGAGGCAGGCGGCGCGCUGCUUCGUCGCCGUCGACGACUACUUCUGCCGCCUCCGCGCGCUCAGCUCGCUCUGGACCUCCAGCCGGGCGGCGCCGCCCCAGCUGGCGAGAGGCCCCGCCGGGUAGAGACCGAGCAACGCCGCCAUGGAUGGGAUGGGAUACAUGCAUACUGCUACAGUAGAUAGCUUAGCUAUGACGUAGGGAAGACGUUGAAUUAAGCACCAUGUGAAUGUACCAAGGAUGACAAGCUUGUGUAGGAUCGGAUAAUGGCUGGUGGACACAGAUCGAACAGGGAAAUUGGAAUUCAAGAAUUACGUGUUGCAUUGGGUGCGCUGCA